AUGGAUCUCCCUGUAACAUAUUAUAACCGAGGUGAAUACAUUGAGACGGCUACAGGGAACAAAGUUUAUCAGUCGGCAGGGCAGGAGAAAACGAUCUGUGGAACUCAGAAUAUAGUCUUGAAUGGCAAGAACGUUAUCCAUAAGGAUGUCAUCAUACGUGGAGAUAUGUGUGCCAUUCGUACAGGGAAAUACUGUAUAGUUUGUGAAGGAACGAUCAUCCGACCAAGUCAACGUCAUUUCAAUAAUGGACCUUCUAUGUUCCCUGUGCAUAUAGGAGAACAUGUUAUGAUUCGUGAAGAUUGCGUCAUUAGUGCAGCUCAAAUUUGCUCGUAUGUAUAUAUAGGUGCUGGUAGUAUAAUUGGUCGAAGCGCUAUUAUUAAAGAGGGUUGCCGAGUGUUGCCUGGUUCUGUCAUAGCGCCGGAUUCUGUUUUCCCUCCCUUUAGCAAAAUUGGAGGAAAUCCUGCUAGAGUGAUAGGUCAAGAACCUGAGUGUACAGUGGAUCUCCUGACACAUGCCACGAAGGAAUACUAUGAUUGUUUCCUCCCAUCAUCUGGUACAGCAAAACCCUCUUUCUCCUCAUAA